AUGGUCAACGUUCCUACUAUCAAACUUCAACCUACGGGGCAGGAGAUGCCUCAGGUCGGUUUCGGUCUCUGGAAAGUCACCAACGAGACCUGCGCCGACACUGUCUAUCACGCGAUAAAGACCGGUUAUAGAUUGUUUGAUGGUGCUUUUGACUACGGAAAUGAGAAGGAGGCUGGCCAGGGUGUGAAGCGCGCCAUCGAUGAGGGACUCGUGAAGCGUGAAGAUCUUUUCAUUGCGUCCAAGCUCUGGAACACCUUCCACGAGAGCGAGCGUGUCAAGCCCAUUACCAAGACGCAGUUGGAAUGGUGGGGCUUGGAAUACUUUGAUCUUUUCCUUAUCCAUUUCCCUAUCGCCCUUGAAUAUGUUGAUCCCGCCGUGAGCUACCCAAGCGGCUGGAAAACACCGGAUGGUUCUAUCAAGCCUAUCGGGGCACCAAUCCAGGAGACUUGGCGGGCGAUGGAGGAGCUCGUCGAUGAGGGUCUGGUUAAGAAUGUUGGAAUUUCAAAUUUCCAGGGCGCGCUGAUUCUUGACCUGCUUCGUUACUGCCGCAUUCGGCCCGCCGUCCUACAGAUCGAGCACCACCCAUACCUCGUUCAGCCCGACCUUAUCCGCCUAGCCAAAUCUGAGGGGAUUGCCGUGACAGGAUACUCCUCAUUUGGCCCCGCCAGUUUCCGCGAGCUUGAUUGGAAAAAGGCUUUCGAUACCCCCACUCUCUUCGAGCACCCUACCAUCACCGCCAUUGCUAAGAAGCAUGACAAGACUCCGGCACAAGUUCUGCUGAGAUGGCCGACACAAAGGGGCCUCGCCGUCAUCCCUAAGAGCAACAACCGAGACAGGCUCUUGCAGAACUUGGAUGUCACCUCGUUCGAUUUGGAGGAGUCAGAGAUUCAGGCUAUCUCUGGUCUGGACAAGAGUCUGAGAUUCAAUAACCCAAUUGACUACUUGGGAACUCUCCCAAUCUUUGCUUAG